GAGAAGGCGGAGAGAUAAAUGCCUGAGAGAACACAGCUUCACUGAUGUGAUGCAUUUGGGUGUUGGUGUUUGAUGGAAAAAAGGAAUGGCGGCCCCUUGAAGAGUUUCUGCAUCUACAAAAGCCUGGGGAAGUUGGUCAUUUCUUGUAUUUCCGAUGUUCGCCAACUCUAAAAUGAGAGAGGAACUAAAAUUCCAUCAGCGCUGGGAGUUUAGGAGGGGGGACAGUGACUUUGAUUCUUCAACUGAUAAUUCUAAAUCAAGUUUAGGUGGUGGGUCAGCUAGCAAUAAGCGCAAACUGGUCUCCAGCUUGGUUCUUGUUGAUAAUGGUGAAACUUGUGAGGCUAGUAAAUUUCAGCAGAAUGGCAACAAUGAUUCUUGCAUUUCAGGCCAAUUUGAACUUGGGAAAGCUGAAAAAGGAAAAAGAAGAAGAAGUAAAAAUGACAAUUUAGCUCAUAAUGAAAAGAAGAGAGGAUCUCGUAACAGGAAAGAAGUCUCUCCUAAUAAGGGUAAAACUACAACCAACGAGUGUUCUGCUUUGGAUGAUCUCAAAAACUACAUGAACUCUUUGCUAGGAGAACUUAAAGUCACCAGAAAGGAUUUGUUGUUAUGGAUGAGGAAAGAAUUGGAGAAAUUGGUGGCUGAGGAGAAAGCUUCCGAGUCAGAAAGGAAUGAAGGCAGCUUUCAUUUGCAGCAUCAGAACAACUCCGAGGACAAUGAAAGAGUUCAGUAUCAAAGCCUCCUAGGAAAGAACAUCCAAGUUCAACAACCAAACAGCUUUGAGGAUUAUGUCCAAGGGAAUGAGCAGAGCAAGUUUGAGGAGAAUGUGACCAAUAUGGAGAACACUGACGUGCAGCAGCCUCAAAAAAACUCCAAGGAAAACAAUCCACUGGCGCGUCAAAAAAGAAUCAGAUCUCGUCCUGGAUCUGAAAACUCCAAUGGUGGCUGUUUUAAGAAGUCUGGUAACAACAAGAAAUCACUUGAUUCUAAUAAUCAUAUUCCAGCUCUUGGAGACAAAGUUGACUAUAGUCAAGCAAUUGUACUUGUGACACCCACUGAAAAGAAUGGAGAAGAUAGAUUGGCCUUAUCUGACAAGUCCAAACCCAAGGCCAGACCCUCAGACCAGAAUUUGCAAGCCCAACAGCAGAAGAGCGUUGUGUUGGCCAUAAGAGCUCAAAAUUGCAGUACUGGGUCUCCGGUGAAGAAUGCAAAAGGUAAAAAAGCUGCUAGUUCUAAUAGUACUUGUCAAGCAUCUGACAAACAAAUUGAUUACAGCCAAGCUAUUGAAUCCAUUCCCUUAGCUGAGAGGGACAAGGGAGAAAGGUCAGGAUUGUAUGUGGAGCCAAAAUUUUCAUCUGAUUCCUUCAAUCAGGUAGCUUCAUCAAUGUACUUAACACUACCAAGUGUCCUGGCAAAGCCCCACAUAGCAAAUCAUAGGCCUGAUACUUCUUCGUUUAGCUAUAUGCAACCGAGAAUUGCCCAGAAUCAAGCAGGCAUUAGUUCAGAAAGAUCAAAUCUAAUACUGGGUUCAACUAGUCAUCUUGGAUACUUUCAAGGCAUGCAGCCAGAAGAAAGAAGUAGAUACUCACACUACGCUCAAAUGAAUCCUAGAGAUAUCAAUUUCUUCAACCAGAACAAUUCCACAACUUCAAUUGUGGGAAGUGGAUUUUCAGUUCCUUUGCAGGCUGUAAGUGGUGGCUUUAUAAUUCCAAAUCAAUUUGACUUGGAAAAUCUACCCCGAGAGAACAAUAACACACUGGGUCUGACAAUGAAUGAAGGAGCUAUAAGGUUUUCUGGGGGAGGAUACUCUUUGCCAGAUCCUUACAUUGCCAACUUCCAUAGCCAUUCAAAUUAUAGAACUGAUGGCAGACUAAUGACAUAUCAAGACAGCUGUCGAUUUCCGAAGUAGAUUCAUCUGUUGAACUUGUGUUUGUGCUUUCAGAAAGGGUUGAAUUCAAGAUCCUCUUGCACUAUUUUUUCCAUGGUUUCUCAAUAUUUUCUGGUUGAAAGAGUUGAGGGAAUGCUCAUUCACUCAGUUUGGCAAGUGUUUCUUGAAGUUUCAAAUCUCUGCUGUUUCUUUCCUUCUUGAGGUUUCUCUGCAACACCUUGUUAUGUUCAUUACAGAAGAAAAAGAAAAGAUACAUAAGAAAUAAUUGCGUUUGCUUUUGAUGCAAUUUCACCAUAUAUAUAUAUCUUAUCUUUUUUAUCCCCUUUGAAAAGGCUGCUUCCUACUUAGAUGCUUGAGGAAGUUAUUUAAUUGGUUUUGAUAAUUCACUGCUCAUACAAUUUCCAAUAAAUAGAAAUUCAUUGUAUAAAUAUUGGUGUUGGUAAACGUCACUUCUCACCUUGCAAAUUUCAAUUCGGGCGCACCAAUCAGAUCAGAUUAAUUGAUGAUUAGUUUAUUAUAAGUAUAGUUUUAUAUGAGAAUAAAUUUAUAAUCAUUAAAUAUUAUAGUUGAGUAAU